AUGUUUUUGAGGAAAAUUCAGCAGGUGUUAGCAAUAGAUUGGAUGUCAGAGCAGAAUGAGAGAGUGAGAAGUCAAAAGCUGGAGUGGAGGGUGUUCCAUUGCUGCAUGUUUGUCUCUAACGAGAAAGUGAGAAGACGGUUCCAACUUCCCGUGGCUCCCAGGCCUGUCCGAGGCUUCCAAUUCCCCUGUGCCCUGGUCCUUGGGAAGAACCUUGCUCCUGUCAGUUCCAGCACUCAUGUUUCUGCUCCAAAGAGGGGACGAGGGAAGGUGAAGGACCUGGCCACUGGGCACAGACCCCAGGGAUUUUCAUACAUCAGCACAGCCAUUUGGAUGUUCAUUCUAAUAUCAGAUAACAGCUAUAUGAGCCCCAUGGAAGGAGUAAACCAGACCAGAGACUCUGAAUUUGUCCUCCUGGGUCUGUUGGGCUCUCCAAAGCAGCAGCAGCAGCAGCAGCAGUUGAUCUUCUGGCUGUUCCUGUGGUUGUACCUGCUCGGGGGGACAGGGAACCUGUUCAUGAUCCUGGCCACUAGCUCCAACCCACUCCUCCACACCCCCAUGUAUUUCUUCCUCAGUAACCUGUCUUUCAUCGAUCUCUGCCUCAUAACCACUACAGUUCCCAAGAUGCUGCUCAACAUCCAAACCCGGAAGCAAACCAUCUCCUACGCCGGCUGCCUGACCCAGAUGUAUUUUGCCAAUAUUCUCUUAGGUAUGGACAACUUGAUUCUGGGUGUCAUGGCGCUUGACCGCAACGUGGCCAUCUGCCACCCGCUCCGCUACACCUCCGUCAUGCUCCCUUCUCUGUGUGCCCUGCUGGUGGCUGUGCCCUGGGUUCUCACUAACCUCAUUUCUCUCGCACUCACCCUCCUGACCGCUCGGUUAUCCUUCUGUGGCAACAACGAGAUACCUCACUUCUUCUGCGAUAUCAACAUGUUACUAAAACUCUCCUGCUCUGAUACCCGCGGUGAAGAAAUCUUCCUGUUAAUUUUGACCUCGGUGUUUGGCAUGCCUCCCCUGGUGUGUAUCCUUGUCUCUUACUCCCGCAUUGUUGCAACUGUGCUGAGAAUUCCAUCUGCCAAAGGGAAGCAAAAAGCCUUCACCACCUGUGGCUCUCACCUCACUGUGGUGGCCUUAUUCUAUGGUGCUGGCCUUGCGGUGUUUUUCACCCCUCCAUCCUCCCACUCUAAGGGGAAGGACCCAGCCCCAUCUGUGAUGUACAUGGUAGUCACCCCCAUGUUGAACCCUUUCAUCUACAGCCUGAGGAACAAGGACAUGAAAGGGGUGGUGAAGAAAUGGGCCUGUUGA